UCCGAUUACGCGGAGUCCCCUUUAAACGCCUUGCAGUAGCUGAAGAGAAAACCUAUUGUCUUGGUUCCACCCAUCUGUGGGGGUGGUUCGGCAGCAGAACUUUGCAAAGUUUUCAAGCUGUCACAAGCUGUCGGAGAGGCGGAUGGAGGCUCAGGCGUUUCUUAGCAAAGGCGAAGGCCAACAAACAAGUCACACACGAGGAAUGUUUCAAAAGUAGAAGAUAAAGAUGAAGCUCGAAUUACAACAAGUCAUUUAAAGUGCAGCUGUGCGCCUACACUGCAUGUGGCCACGAUGCAGCUUGUUUGAAUUGUCAUGCGGCAACGUGUUUGAGAAGUACGGUAAUAAAUGAAUGUAAACAGCCAAAAUGACCCGUUUGGACUGCAGGCUUCACGCUGGACAUGGAACUUCCCCCAUUUGUUUCUUCUUGAUACUUCUGAACGUGCUGGACCACUCCAAGUCUGGGCUGGGAUUACCACGACAGUCAGAAAGAUUCCUCCAAGACCUUCCACCCUAUGAAGUGGUUCACCCCACUAGAGUGAAUGCCAGAGGUCACUUCCUGUCCAACUUUCUGUCUCAUCGUGCUCACCACAUACAGCGUCGCUAUGCCUCAGAGGAAUCAGUUGACCCAGGAAGAGUCUUCUAUCAGUUGUGGCAUGGCGGCCGAAAUUUGCGCUUUAAUUUGACUCUCAACCCACACCUGCUGGCCCCAGGUUACCUGACAGAGAGCCGAUAUGGUGGUCUUAAAGGGGGGAAGAUACGUCCCCUUGAAUCCAACCAGUGUUAUUUCCUUGGUGAAGUGUGGGAUGGGCCGGCUGUCAAAGGGACUGCAGCAAUAAGUACCUGUGAUGGAUUGACAGGAUUGUUCAAGUUUUCAAAUGAAGAAUUCUUCAUUCAGCCUCUGGAAAAGUCGUAUGAUGAGCCUUCAGCACCACAAGCCCACGCGAUCUUCAAGCGCCAUGCUCCCUUCCCGUCAUGGAGUCCACUUGUGCAGCCCAUUUCAGGAAGACAAGUGGUCAACGGUUCCUGUGGGGUCAAAAAUUCCCAUCAGAGGUUGGAAGAAAUUGAGAGAAACAGGGAACGCUGGGAGCAGCGGCAGAACAGGAGGAAGAAGAGGAUCCAUCAACGCUCCAUCAGCAAAGAAAAGUGGGUGGAAACCCUGGUGGUGGCUGACCCUAAAAUGGUGGAAUACCACAGCAGCAAAGGUGUUGAAAACUACAUACUUGCUGUUAUGAACAUUGUAGCAGGUCUUUUUCAAGAUCCAAGUAUCGGAAACGCUAUUAACAUUGUCGUGGUUCGACUUAUCCUGCUGGAGCAAGAUGAGGAAGACUUAAAGAUUACACACCAUGCCGACAACAGCUUGAAUAGCUUCUGCAAAUGGCAAAAACGACUCAACAUGAAGGGGGACGAACAUCCUCUUCACCACGAUGUAGCCGUUCUCCUCACCAGGAAGGACAUCUGUGCAUCCAUAAAUAUGCCUUGUGAAACGCUUGGUUUGUCCCAUGUGGUGGGGAUGUGUCAAUCACAUCGCAGCUGCAGCAUAAAUGAAGACACCGGCCUCCCAUUGGCGUUCACUGUUGCACAUGAGCUUGGACACAAUUUUGGAAUUCAGCAUGAUGGCAACGGAAAUGACUGUGAACCCAUUGGGAAAAAACCUUUCAUCAUGUCUCCGCAGCUGCUUUAUGGCACCUUACUACCCAGAUGGUCCCGAUGCAGUCGUCAAUAUAUUACGCGCUUCCUUGAUCGUGGCUGGGGUUGGUGCCUUGAUGAUGCUCCUGCGAAGGAAACUAUUUCACAAGGCUUGCUGCUUCCCGGGGUUUUGUACAGUGCUGCCCAUCAAUGCCGGUUGCAGUAUGGAUCUGGAUCCCUGCUGUGUGAUGACAUGGAUAAUGUGUGCAGCACACUUUGGUGUACUGUGGGCGCAACGUGCCACUCCAAACUGGACGGGGCUGUCGAUGGGACCAGUUGUGGCCAAGAUAAAUGGUGUUUCAGUGGACAGUGUGUCACAGCUGGACAUUACCCAGACAGUGUCAACGGGGGCUGGGGUACCUGGAGUGAGUGGUCUGCCUGUUCUAGGUCGUGUGGGGCUGGAAUUGAGAGUGCGCAGCGGGACUGUGACGACCCAGUUCCGAGGAACAGAGGGAAGUACUGCCUGGGAGAAAGACGGCGGUAUCGCAUCUGCAACACAACACCUUGUCCAAACAACGUCCCCAGUUUUCGAGAUAUCCAGUGCAGUCACUUCAAUGGUGCACUCUAUAAGGGCAAAUUCUACAAGUGGGUGGCGGUGAUCAGCAGGGUCAGUCCUUGUGAACUCCACUGCCGCCCGCUGAAUGAACAUUUCUCUGAAAAGAUGCGUGAUGCUGUCGCUGAUGGCACUCCGUGCUUUGAAGGCAACAAAAGCCGAGAUAUGUGCAUCAACGGCAUCUGUAAGACUGUCGGCUGUGACUACGUGAUUGAGUCAAACGCCGUGGAGGAUCGCUGUGGAGUGUGUCUUGGUAACGGCUCCACCUGUGCAACUGUGAGGAAAACAUUCGAGGAGAGUGAGGGACUUGGUUAUGUGGACAUUGGACUGAUCCCAGAGGGAUCAUGGGACAUCAGGAUUGAAGAGAUGGGUGAAGCGGGAAAUUUCCUAGCGCUCCGAGGUGACGGUCCAAACAAGUAUUAUCUGAAUGGUGGCUGGACUAUACAAUGGAAUGGCGAGUACAAAGCAGCUGGAGCCGUAUUUACCUACGAACGGACAGGACAUCUGGAAAACCUUACGUCACCUGGGCCUACUUUGGAGCCACUGUGGAUUCAGCUUCUCUUUCAAGAGGCAAAUCCAGGGGUCCGGUAUGAAUACACAAUUAGUCAAAGUGUUUCUGAAGACAAUGACACCCUGGCCUCAGUGUUCUUCUGGAAGUACGGUUCAUGGACUGAAUGUAGUGCCACCUGUGGAGCAGGUGUUAGGAGGCAGAUUUUUCACUGUGUCGAAAGAACAAACGGGAUAGUGGACGAGUCAUUUUGUGACCCUUUCAACCGACCAGAUGACAAUCAAACCAAUUGUAAUAAAGAGCCUUGUCCAGCCAUGUGGUGGGUCGGUGAGUGGCAGAAAUGCUCAGCGAGCUGCGGCAGCCUCGGUGUGGCUAGACGGACAGUGUUGUGCAUACAACCCAUCAGCAUGGAUGAUCAGAAAGCUUUACAGCCCAGCCAAUGUGAACAUAUCCCAAAACCUGAAACAGCAUUGUCCUGCAACACACACAUUCCAUGUCCAGCAGAUUGGACCACUGGCAGUUGGUCAAAGUGUUCACUAACAUGUGGAGGAGGAGUACAACGGCGUACUGUUACCUGCUCCAGAAACACUGGGGUGGACUGCGACAUACAUAACAAGCCUGACAGUAUUAGUAUUUGUUCAAUCCAGGAGUGUCCACGGGUUUUGGAUAAUUUUGGUGAUUUUGACUGGUCUGGAAGUGGAUGGACAAGCAAAGACUUGUUUAAUGAAAUUAAAUCCAUACCUGUGGCCAAACCAUCUCAAAAGUACAGUCCCACCAAAGUGCAAGCAAAAAUGAAUGAUCCAAAUAACUUGAAUGAUAUUUUCGAAGACUUUCAUUAUCACAAUAAGAUAGAAAGUGAAGAAAAUGUUCUUCAAGUGGAUGAUUUUUACUACGACUACAACUUUAUCAACUUUCAUGAAGACUUAUCAAAUGAGAGUGGUGAAAUAGAUUCAGGGAACAGUCAAAUGAAAGAUGUUGUGCUAGACAAAGAGCCAACUGGCAGUGUGGAGAACGCCAGUAAUUCUUCGAGGCUUUCAAAAUCACAGAGCACUGACAAAGAUAACCUGAAGGACAUUGCAACCCCUGCAAAAGAAGAAUCCACUGAAAAGAAAUCUGUAAAUUUUGACGCCGACCUUAUUGAGGAUUACCUUCUGCCUGUGUCCAGCACUAAGUCACCAGCGCAUUCAUCGGGAAAACAUGGAUACCAUGAUCCCCUGCUGUCUGAAAAAAAUAAGACAAGAGCUUCUCUGGAUGACACUAUCGGGGAGCCUGCACAAAGUGAAAAUGUAGGACAAGAUGAAGAGACUGACCACAAUUUCACACAGGAGGAAAGUCACACUGAGGAAAUCACAGUAAAUCCAUCACAUGCUGCUUCAAUGGCUGGAAUUCAAGCUGAAGAUGAGUUACAGUCGCAAAACUACACCACACGAGUGAUCUCUGCUCUUGAGGCUUUAAGCACCAAGGUGCCAAGAACUGGAGGAGAUCAAAUACAGUCAGAAUUAUAUCUUACCCAAAUUAUUAAUGAAUCUGCAUUUUCACCUGACCUUAGACUGGAAAACCUGCAUCUGACUCAUCUCAAUACAGACAUGGUUCCAUUUAAAGAUAUUUCCACAAUGUCUGACAAUGGUGUCAGUAUGACAUCCCUACCUCCCUCUGAGAGGUUUUCUCCUCUCCUUUCUCCGGAUCUUCUCAUGUCAGGUAAUCAAAAUACCCCAGCUGACACUAGCUUGUCUGCUGGAACUCAAACCCGGCCACCUACAAACCAGCCUCCUCAAAGUGAUUUCCAGCCAGCAACAACAAAACAGACUCCAGCCAAAGAUUCUACAGAUUCUUCUUUAGAUUUGUCAUCAUUUCCAUUUAGUAACUAUGACUAUAAUCAAAUCCGAAUUCGCCUGACCAUGAGAUCUGGUAUUGCGAUUGAGCCCGACUCUACAUAUGUGACCCCAUUGUUGAAGACCUUAGCCACUCCUCAGCCUAUCACCCCACAAAAAAUAACCACUAAUGUCUCGCCAACCAAGCUUUCAUAUCUUUGGCCACUGCCUCUGAAAAUUUCAGAACAAACACCAGCUGGCACUCAAGUCGCAGCGGUUUGGGUAACUGGAAACUGGAGCGAAUGUUCCACAAGUUGUGGUCUGGGUGCCAUCUGGAGGACUUUGGCCUGCAGUACUGGCUCAGAGUCUGAUUGCGACCAAGCAAACAGGCCCACACCUGCCCAGCGGUGUUACCUGCGCCCCUGUUCCAUGUGGAAAGUUGGUGAAUGGACUAAGUGCUCUAGGAAAUGUGGAGGCGGUGUUAAAUCCCGAGAAGUCCAGUGUUUCGACAUGCGCGAUAAUAGAUCCCUGCGACCUUUCCACUGUCGAGCAAUGUCCUCCAGGCCGCAAAGCCAAAUGCCCUGUCACCCUCAGCCAUGUCUCGACUGGUACACGUCUUCCUGGGGACAGUGCUCAGAGGUGUGUGGAGGUGGAGAACAGCAACGUCUUGUAACGUGCCCGGAGGAAGAACUUUGUGACACUGACCUUCGGCCCACCAACAUCCGGCCCUGCAAUACUCAGCCUUGUGCUCAGUGGCUCACUGGAUCUUGGGAACAGUGUUCAGCAUCCUGUGGCGGUGGAGUGCAGCAGCGACUCAUCAAGUGUGUUAACACAAAGGCUGAGACGGAAGAGGAGGUGGACCAAACUCAAUGUAGCCAUGAGGUGCAACCGGGAAGCACGCAGAAGUGCAAUUUGGAAGAGUGUCACACACCACCUUCUGGUCCAGUUUGUCUCCGUGACCGUUUAACAUCACGCUUCUGUCAGACUCUGCGCUGGUUGGGCCGUUGCCAGCUGGCCACCGUGCAAGUGCAGUGCUGCAAAACCUGCAACCGACCGCCAGGCCGCUCCAGCACCAGAGAUCUCCACUGAAUUAGGAGUAAGGCAACAGCUCAUCAGUGAACUGUGGAUACAUUCACUUUAACAGACUCUCAAUUGAACAUCUUUACUGGAGGGAAUGUAAAUUAAUUUCCAAUUUGUAGAUAAUAAAUUGCUUAGUCUGGCAAAACUGUCCCUGACAAAAGGCUACAAAAGAUAGUGCUUACUGUUCCAUGUAGCCAUCUUAAAAUAUACAGCCUACAUUCACAACAUGAGAAACACGUACAAAUGUGGUUGGUGGCAGGUACAAUGAAUGUAUAAAUUAAAUGUGUGAACACGCAUUUAAUAAGCAAUGAAAAUCAAUGAAAGGUCUACCUUCCACAUGUGUCGGCUUACCAGAAUUUAAUUGCUUCAAAUAAUGUAUGCGGUAAACAAAGGUUAUUCACCGCAAGCAGUAUGUUACCUUCCAGUGUUGGAAAACAAUUAUAGAGACCAUACAAACAUUACCUGUAUGACAGCUUGUUCAACAUCAAACUUGUUUCAAACUUUUCUUCUUUUACAACAUCCAGUUCGUAUCCACAAUUCUCAGAUUUUAACCAAAUCUCAGUACGGUUGAAGUACAAGUGUACUGUGGCAGCUUGUAAUUACCAGUUUUGCUACUUACUGUGAUGCAUUAUCUAUUCUGCACAUGUUUAAUGUUACAAUUCAGAAUAAUGCUUAAUGGUGCUGAUAAAAAAAAAAUAUUUUUUUAAAAAAGCUACAUGAUGUAUUCACAGCAUCAAAUUGACCAGAUUAGGCUCGAGGGACACUGCUUGAAGCAAGAAUGGCAUUUAAAUUUAGGUGAUGUACUGUAUGGGCCGACCCACUGCCUUGAAUACAUAUUUAAAUACCUUUCAUAUUAUUACGGCCUUUUGAAAGGCAAUAAAGUUUCAAUCAAAUGUCUUUUCUGCAUUCAAAACGCAUUGUCAUGUAUGUAGGUUUUCAUGGGCCAACCCAGUGCCUUGAAUACAUAUUUAAAUACCUUUCAUAUCAUUACGGCUUUUUUGAAAGGCAAUUUAGUUUCAAUCAAAUGUAUUUUCUGUAUUCAAAACAAAGUGUCACGUAUGUAGGUUUUUUUUUUGGUUUUUUUUUUUUUAAACAUCUCUAAAAUGGCAAUUGCAAACCCUCUGAUCCUGUUACCUUAAACUAUGUUGCUCUAAAAGCUUUUUUGAUGCAGCAUAAUGACCAAAUAUUCACAGUAAUGUGUCGUAGUGGCAAAUGAAAAGGUCUGCAAUUCAUCAAACAUCUCUUUUUUGUGUAGGGUCAGUGUUUUUGGAUGAAGGCAUUUUAGAUUUCAUUCUCACAGAACAGUAGGUUUUAGGUCUCGGUUCUCAGGUGUACAACAACCACCACAAUAUAAGUGGUAAAAACAUCUCACACAGUGACAAAUCUGUCAGUCUUCUAAUUUUAUCUGGUAUUGAUUUUAUGUAUUCAUUACAAUAAAUGCUACUUAUACGUUAACAGUUUGUCAAUCUCUACUAUUCCUAACAAUCAAAUAAAGUGUAACUAAAGUGUGAGGCUGUGCUUCACUUUACUGAAGUGGACAUCCCACCCUGCUUUAAUCUCUACUUGUUCCUUAAAAAAAAAAAAUUAAGUCUUAAACUGUAAAACUGGGCAGACGGUACACAGCAAUUAGCUUCUCUUACUACCUAGGCAAAGACUGAACAACUUUUAUGUGGUCUUGCAAAGUACAGUGUGUUACUAACAGCUGUGGGCGAUGUUAGACAUGCUUUGCCACAUGCUAAAUUAACUCAAGUUCAUUUAAAGACAUGAUGUUGCAGAAUAAGAAUCAAUUGACUUAAGCUUUGCCUGUCAUCACAUACCCCGUGUGAAUUUGUCUUGGCGCAGAGGAUUAAACACAAAACAUACUGCAUCGAAUCAGCUGCAUUUGAAGAAUAUGUAUAUAUUUCUUUCCCUCUUUGCUACAUCUUACCUUAUUCGUUCAGUGGGUUCCUAACACAACACGAUGGAUUAUUUGUUUAAUUUAUAUUAAUGUGAAGAUUUUGACCCUUAAAUCAUGGGAGUGUUGUGUUUAUUGUGGGAAAAAUGUGUCAGUGCAUGCUUAUUCUUGAUGCCAAAAUCAAAUACUACAUAGUGCUUUUUUUCCAGUCUUCAUUAGGUUUUUUGUUUUGUGUUUUCUUCUCGUUUUGUGUUUUUCUUCUCGCUGCCUUAAUU